AUGGCUAUCUACAUCGAUGUCCGUGUGUACUUUCAAGGCAUCUUUGAAAGGUACCCCAUACAUUACACCAAUGGUACUAAUCAAAGACUAGGAGACAUUGAUUUCGCCGCCAUGGAAAAGGAGUGCUAUGCUUUUAUGGAAAGAUUCACAGGAGAAAAAUGGCAUACCGAUGACAAUGGCCCGGAUUUUGAGAUGGGUGAGUAUGUAAGUGAAUGUGAACAUGUUGAUGCUGACAUGGGUAAACUGAAGAUGACAUGGGGGACAAUAAAGAUGAUGAGGAUGAUGUUGUUACUGAUUUGCCAAAUAGGUUCAAUGAAGAGCAACCUUGGAAGAAGUAGCAUCAUGUGUUAG